CUUCACAAUGUUGGGCAGAACCGUGUUUUCCUAUAAUUAGGUUGGCCAUGGAGGCAGGGAGCCAGCAGCCACCUAUGGGCUCUGUCCACUAUGUGGCGCCAUGUCACUGCCACCCCCCAUUCUGUGGGAUGCUUUGUGGGAUCCAAUGAAGACAAUGUUGCCAUAAAUGGAGACGGCCAAACCUUGCUGCCCCAGGGCUUUUAUACCUCAUCCCUGGGCCAACACCGAGGGACAGAAGGUAGGGACCCAACCUCUUCUGUGGGCCCUGAGCCCAUCAUGGCCAACAGACUCCUUUGCUGGGUCUCCAUUUUUCUCCUGGGAGCAGCUCCCACUGAAACAGGAAUCACUCAGACACCGAGAUACCUGGUCACUAAGGCGAAGCAGGAGGUGACGCUGAGAUGUCAGCAAGAUUUGGGGCAUAAUUACAUGUACUGGUACCAACAGGAGCCACAGAAAGGACCCAGGAUAAUGUUUUAUUAUAGUUUUAAAGAGCUGAAUUUAAAUGAGACCGUUCCUCCAAGAUUCCAACCUGCAUCAUCAGGGAACGGUCAUUUGACCCUCAAAAUCCACCCUGUGGAAGCAGAAGACUCAGCCAUCUACUUCUGUAGCAGCAGAGACACAGCCUUGCAGAGUCAUCUCCCAGCUGUGCAGAAACCUCCUGUCCCCGGCAUAGGAAGAAAGGAGGGAGGGAAGUCACCACACCAGACAGUUGGCUCACAAUGGGAACUUCUGGAGGGAAGAGGGACUCUCAUAACCAAGAGAGUUUUCAAACAAGCUCUCAUUUCUCAUAUUGGUCUAAUACACAGUUCUGUUUUAUUAGAAAAUGCCAGUCUGCAUUGGCAGGAGAUCCUCACUAGAAGCCCCCUACUCUGCUGAUGUCAGAGGAAUAGUUCAAAAUAAAUAUAAAUUUCACUCAUUCA